AUGGCGGAGGAUAAGUACAAUCGGAAAAACCCAGCGGUGAAGAGGAUAUUGCAGGAAGUCAGAGAGAUGCAAUCUAAUCCUUCCGAAGAUUUCAUGAGCCUCCCUCUCGAGGAGAAUAUAUUUGAAUGGCAAUUUGCCAUCAGGGGGCCACAGGACUCCGAAUUUGAGGGAGGAAUCUAUCAUGGAAGAAUCCAACUUCCAUCUGAUUACCCUUUCAAGCCACCUUCAUUUAUGUUGUUGACGCCAAGUGGUCGCUUUGAAACCCAAACCAAGAUAUGUUUAAGCAUUUCAAAUCAUCACCCUGAGCACUGGCAACCAUCUUGGAGUGUUCGGACUGCUUUGGUGGCAUUAAUUGCAUUUAUGCCUACCAACCCAAAUGGUGCACUGGGAUCAUUAGACUAUACAAAAGAAGAGAGGCGAGCUCUGGCAAUUAAAUCUCGUGAAGCUACUCCAAAGUUUGGGUCUCCUGAACGCCAAAAGCUGAUUGAUGAGAUUCAUGAAUAUAUGCUGAGCAAAGCACCCCCCUUUCCUCAAGGCAGACAGGGUUCUGAAGUACAGGCCACCAAUGAAGAGAAUGAAAUUCAGGGGAAUCCUCAAAAUGCUGCAUUGGACGGUACUGAGGAAGAGCUUCCAAAUCCAGUUGUAGAAGACGAGAUUGUUGAAGAAAUUGCUGAAGAAACAAAUGAAACCCUAUCAUAUGCAAAUGUUGUGCAGACUUCACAACCAAUUCCUGCUGUGUCCACAAGUGAACUUAAGUUUUAUAAGCCAGAACCAAGGGUUUCCAAACAAGACCGCUUGUUUACAUUGGCAGCUGUUGGGCUUACCAUUGCCAUAGUUUUUCUUUUGUUGAAGAAGUUCAUGAAAUCUAAUGGCUAUGGAGCAAUUUUCAUGGACAAGUCCUGA